GCAUUGGUAUCGCCCAAAGGCUAUAAAUACUCUGCGACUCAGUUCCUCGCUUGGCCGUGCGAGUUUCGGUUGCUAAGGAACCACAGAAAGCAGGUGGCAUAGGCAUGAGGAUGGUGUAGUUAGAAGGCUGGUCAGUCUGGCUGGUUGAGGUGUGGAGGGGGACACCACAGACCACGCCAGAGUUCUGACAGGGGGGCGGGGGGGGAAAUCACUACCCUCAGUGGAUCUGCCGUCUCCUUGGACUGCAAUUAUGGUUACACUUAUCACAGAGCAGCUCCAUAAGCAGAGCUUAGAGGAACCUUAUCACAAGGCUUUCACAUUCAAUGCCAGUGUGUCUCUGCCUGCAGUGGGCUCAAGUCCUACCAUUUCAUGGAGUUCUGGCAAAACGACGCAAGAAGCCAGCUCAGACCCUCACCAGUCAUGCAAAGCACAUGUUUCGGCUGACUCGUGUGAACCUCGGCCCCGCUCGCGCUCUGGAGAGCCACUCCAGGGACCAGACGUUUCCCUCACAAACAAAACCUUCCAAAGUUCCCCCCCGCCGCCUCCGAAACGCCACUGCCGCUCCCUCUCUGUUCCCGAGGACCUGUCCCAGUGCCGCUCCACUUGGCACCCAAGCGCAUCAAUGGUCUGGACUCCGGUUAAACGGGGCUGCCACAGUCGAGGAGCAUCCAGUUCAGGCUCUGGAGCCAGUUCUUUGCUUCUUUGUGGUCCCAGUUCUUCCUUCACCUCCUCCUCUCUGCACUCAUCGUCUAGCCCUAACUUCUUUAGUUUAGCACUGUCUUCUGACUCUUCUUUGUCCUGUGGCUUCCCAUGGGAUCCCUGUGACACGUUGAAAGGUGCUUGCUCUGCCUCUCUUGCUACUCCUUCCUCCUGCUCCUCUUCGCCAGCCCCUCUGGUUUCUCACUCUAUCCUACACCGUCGCUUCUCCCUUUCCCCCGUGCACAUUCAGAUCGCCUCUGCGGCGUCCUUGCACCCGCAGCCUUCCCCAGCUCAUGUUCUGGCGCACAGCUUUUCUGGCCCGGAGCAUCCCUCCCUGUGUCCGUCUCCCACUUCAGCUUGCAGUACCCCAUCCUGCUCUCGGCGGGACCUGCACCCCGCACUGCCACGAUGCCACUCGCAGCCCUGCGACAUGCGCAAACCCCGACUGAAGAGGCGACAUGACCCAGAUGUCCUUCCUUGCUCCAGGCCAGGGCUGGACUUCAGCAAAAUGACACAGAUGGGUAAUUACGAGAGCCUGGUGGGCGGAACAGGUGGUGGCAUAUUUCCAGUGUCUUCUCAAUCAGAGCAGCGCUCUGCCUUCUCCCCUGCUGAAUUCCUGGGAAGAAGCAGCAUCGGUCCUCUGAGUGAAAGUGAAGAAGAAGAGGAGGAGGAUGAAGAAGAGUGCAAAAGAACUGUUUUAGCUGUUGGAAAAAAUUUUAUUUUUGAAAGAGACUGUACAGAUUUGGACUUGAGCCUCAUAGAAGAAAACUGACCAUUAUUUGGUGCUUACAGUAACUACUGCGUUCAUAACCAUGUAAAGCACACACGUUGGCUUCUCGCAGAGCCUUUUGGGAACAACCUACUCUUACUGUCCUGAGUUAAUGAUUAAGAGCUAGGGAAGUUGGAGCCAAUUUCCAGUUAGAUUGCAGUGAUUGUGUGUCGACUUCUCAGACUUUCACACAAAAAAAAAAAAAAAAUGUUAGUGCCUGCCUGUUUGGCCCUACUUAUGGGAAAAGCGCAUGAGCAAAGAAGCAGUUUUUCACGUGAGCAGCACACUUUUAACCAUUUUGAAUCAACAUGAGUCUUAAUGUUAUUCACCACAUCUCAGUCUUUCACAGCCUGAUUGACGCUGCGUAUGGAAGUGAACAAAAAUGUUCCACUUGGAUCUGAAUGAUGCACACAAGCUGUUUUGAUGUUACUAUGUGCAUAGAAAAAAAAAUCCAUAUCUUA